CGCUGGAAAUCGCCGUCGUCCAGCAAGAAACGCGACGCCCCGCCCUCUUGCUAUUUACACAGGCAUGAGCUGCGAGGCGGCGGACGUCUCUGCCGUCGCUGCGCCGCCGCAGUGGUGCGGCGGCGCCGUCCACGCCGCCUACGACACCUGCGUCUCGAACGCCAUCCAGCUCGCGUCGCACCCGCUCCACGAGGCGAUGGAGCUGGGCAGCGCGCUGUGGAGCCUUACGGCGGAGGCGUCGGCGUGGCAGAUGUGCCUCCUCUCCGUCCUCGCCGUCGUCACCGUCCGCCAGUACUUUCGGUGGGUCAUGUGGACCGGCCUCGCCGCCGCCUUCCUUGCCGGACAGCUCAUCUUUGUCGCGUGGCAGAUGGCGAUGAUCGCCCUGUCGGUGCUGUGCGUCUCGCUGCUCAACAUAGCGUCCAAGGUCUGGUACGUCCUCGAGUCCACCUCGCGCUGGUACCGCGGAGGCUCCAUCUCUCGCCGCGUCGCGCUCCGCCGCACGCUGCAGGCGGCCGGCGCCCCCUGCGCCAGCCUCUCGUACCGCGAGAGGCUUCAGCUCUUCGAGCGCGCGUCCGUCUGCAUCGGCCACACCGCGCUCUGCCUCUCGGGCGGCGGCUCGCUCGCCAUGUACCACCUCGGCGUCGCUCUCAUCGAGGCGGGCACGAUGCCGCGGAUCGUCUCCGGCACCUCUGGUGGCGCCAUCGUCGCCGGCGUGCUCGCGGAGAUGCUGUCGGACAUUAUCCAGCGCGACAUCGCCGUCCGCUACCUGCCCGACCGCUGGUUCCCGCCGCUGCCGCAGCUGCUCUACAACUCUGUGGUGCUCGGCUCCCUCGUCGACAGCACUGUGCUCGGCUCGCUCGUCGACAACGACGUGUUCGCGCGCUGCACGCGCCGCUACUACGGCGACACCACCUUCGAGGAGGCGUACCGCAAGACGGGCCGCGUCGUCAACAUCAAUAUCUCCUCCUCGUCGCAGGCGAGCGAGGAGCUCAGUACUACUCUGAGUAGUCACUACUCAGGAAGGAGCAUGAGCUGCGAGGCGGCGGACGUCUCUGCCGUCGCUGCGCCGCCGCAGUGGUGCGGCGGCGCCGUCCACGCCGCCUACGACACCUGCGUCUCGAACGCCAUCCAGCUCGCGUCGCACCCGCUCCACGAGGCGAUGGAGCUGGGCAGCGCGCUGUGGAGCCUUACGGCGGAGGCGUCGGCGUGGCAGAUGUGCCUCCUCUCCGUCCUCGCCGUCGUCACCGUCCGCCAGUACUUUCGGUGGGUCAUGUGGACCGGCCUCGCCGCCGCCUUCCUUGCCGGACAGCUCAUCUUUGUCGCGUGGCAGAUGGCGAUGAUCGCCCUGUCGGUGCUGUGCGUCUCGCUGCUCAACAUAGCGUCCAAGGUCUGGUACGUCCUCGAGUCCACCUCGCGCUGGUACCGCGGAGGCUCCAUCUCUCGCCGCGUCGCGCUCCGCCGCACGCUGCAGGCGGCCGGUCCUCGGGCGGCCGGUCCUUGGGUGGAGUGGGCGGCGGCGGCGCGCGAGCUCGACUCGCUCGACGGCAAGGACGCGUGGCGCGCAGAGCCGCCGCCGAAUUGCGACCGGAUCGGCGCAGCGACGACGCAGCUCAAGAGCGCGCGAGAGUCAAACGACCUGCAGGCGCUGGCGCUGAUGCGGCUGCUGUCCUCGAUGCUGGUGCGAGACUACGAGCAGACAAACUCGCUGGCGCUGCACACCGAGUCCCGCCCCGGGGGCCAGAGCUCCGGCGAUGAGGCACUGCGCGCCGCUCUUCGCCGCGUCCGCCGGCUCGAGGGCGCGUCGCUCGCCGCGUCCGUCGGCUCGCCCUCGACUCCUGCGGCGGUGGCGCGGGCGUGGAAGGUGACGCUGCACCACGAGCACCGCAAGUCGGUCGGCAAGGAGCCCGGGCGGCGCAAGUCGUGGAGCAAGAAGAACGGGCCCGCGCGCGCCAUCAAGACGGACGCUGACGCCGAGGCGAGGGAGGCGACGGCGCAGCAGCAGGAGCGGGCAGACGGGCUGUCGGCGGCACUCAAGACAAUCAGCGCCGCGGCAAACGAGGCGGCGGGCUACGGCGGCGGCUCAGGCGGCCUCGCGGGCUGCGCUCGUCUGCCUCGCCGCCCUCUCGCAUCUUCAUUCUUCACUGAUUUGGUCGUUAGAGCGGGCGCUGGCCGACGGGACAGCACGACCGCCGCACCGCGACCGCACCCCCCCGUUGGCGGUGGUGCUGCCGUCUCCAAGCGGCGCGUGGACGGCGGAGCCGGCUGA